CUGGCGCAGACAGACACACAGGCAGACAGAGGCACAGUGAGCGGGAUGUGGAGCAGGAUGCUGCCCGGUGGAGGAGCUGAGGCAGUACAACACACUUUCUCCCUCCUUGAGCGCAUCACCGAGCUGUGAUCCAAAGGUGCAGAGAGAAGCCGAGAGAUCCAGACAAGAUCACUGAAAUCCAACAAUUACCAGAGGGAGAGGGGAGCUGGAAAGAAAAAAAAAGAGGGAGAGGGGAAGGAGAGGAGGAAACCGAAGGCAUCAAAGUCCACAUUAAGGAGGAUUUGAGGAGUCUGCGUUUAUAAUCCGACAUCAGAGGCGGAAUGUGAAUCCAAAUAACUUGUGUUAAUUAGAGAUUUUAACGAAUAUGAUGCGAUUUGAGCGACUCUGAGGCACCGAGAGGAGAAUGUGAGGUUGGACACUUGGAUUUAAAUAUCUGACUGUGGUUGGGUUUUUUUUUUUUGGGAGAGUGCUCGUGUUCACCGUCGACUUUCCCCCCCACCAGAACUGAUUUGCAAAAAAAAAAAAAGGAGUUGGCUAUCAAGAGGUUGCAUCGGACCGUUAUGCGUUUCAGGAGUUGCCUGCAUCCCGGACUGAAGGGAUGGUUUUUGCGCGUCUGCUCCGCGAUGACUGCCGCGUAAUUUCCCCCUGGUCCGACCGAGCUCCGCCAGACUUUGUGGAGCAGGAGAUUACUGUUGGCUGCCAGCGCUCCUCAAACCAAUCUGCAGUGCAACUCUAUUAAAAAACAUAAAUACGUUGGGUGGCACGAACAAAUCCAGAGGAGGGACAAAGUGACAAUUUCACACGAUCGAGACCCCGGAGCUGAACUUCCAAAAACUGAAGAGCGAACGAGUUUGGAAUCUGGAAUAUAAGAGUAGAUGAUUCUCCGAGGACAGAAGAGGAAAUACACCUAGGCCUGCAAGAUGUUCAGAAGGGGCUGCGGGCUGGAGUUCCUGCUGGUUCUCUGCGGACUUGAGUUCUCCUGGUCCUGCCCUCGUCACUGUAUCUGCUACACUGCACCCAGCACCGUCUCCUGCCAAGCUCACAACUUCCUGUCCGUCCCUGAAGGCAUCCCUCCCGACAGCGAGCGCAUCUUCUUACAGAACAAUAAGAUCCACCGCUUACUUCGGGGCCACUUCAGCUCCAACACAGUCACUCUCUGGAUUUAUUCCAACAACAUCACAUACAUUGAGCCCUCCACCUUCCACGGCUUCACGCUGCUGGAGGAGCUGGAUCUGGGAGACAACCGCCACCUGCGCUCCCUGGCUGAAGACACCUUUCACGGCCUGAGUCGGCUCAAUGCGCUGCACCUGUACCGCUGCGGACUCAGUUCGCUUCCGAAUAACAUCUUCCAAGGCCUCAGAAACCUGCAGUAUCUCUACUUGCAGGAUAAUCAUCUGAAGUUUCUGCAGGAUGACACAUUCAUGGACCUCCACAACCUGAGCCACCUGUUCCUGCAUGGAAACCGUCUGUGGAGCAUCAACCAGAACACCUUCAGGGGCCUUCAAGCCCUGGACCGACUGCUCCUGCACCAAAACCAGAUCGAGUGGGUCGACCGCCUGGCCUUCCACGACCUGAAACGUCUCACCACCCUGUUCCUGUUCAACAACUCCCUGAUACAGCUGUCCGGACAGUGCCUGGACAUGCUACCCGCCCUCGAAUACCUGCGCCUCAACAACAAUCCCUGGACAUGUGACUGCAAGGCCCUGACGCUCUGGGAAUGGUUGAAACGUUUCAGAGGGUCAACCUCCUCCGUGGGCUGUGAGGCACCAGCUGAUUUGGUCGGGAAAGACCUCAAAGAGCUGCGCAAGGAGGAUUUCCCCAACUGUUCCCCAACUGUUCCCAACUCUGAGUCCAGAGCCCAGACUAACAAUUUAUCUGGCACGGUGAAUCCGUCCAUGAAUCGCAGCAUGGAUGGGGGCUCUGGAGGGCAGACCCACAUAGUGCACCCCUCGAGGCCCGGCCGCUCUCGGAACUGCACAAAGUCUCGUAACAGGGUGAGCAAGGGGAAGGGUGACAAUGAGGUUCACUCCAAGGAGGUCAUGGCGGACAAGGAGGAUUCCUCCCCAGACUUCACAGACGGGGGAAAACAUGACCACACGUCCCCAGACGGCACCGUCACGAGGAGGAAGCACAAGUGCACCCCCCGGACCACUGUUCGUCCCCCUAGUGGGGUUCAGCAAGCCAACAGGGCAACCUCAUCCCAUUCCUUACUACAUGUCUACGCCCUCCUUGUGGCCUUGAUAACAACAAAUCUGGACAAUAUCCUCCGUUGACCUUCAGAGGGUUUUGCUAAUGCUAAUAACAAAAAACACAGCCCUCAGAUCCUCUCUUGCUCCUGCACUACAAGGCCUGUGUGUCUUAUGUAUGUGUGUGUGUGUGUGAUUAUAUGUGUAAAUGUUGUGUAGGGAGCUUAACUGUCCAGACUGAAAAAAAAUCAGCACAGAGACUCGCAGCACAAAACUUUGGAGGGACUGAGAAUGGAAAGAUGAACACAGACCAAGCUUGCACUGCCACUGAAGCCAGUACAAUUUCAUCGUCAUCCAAUCUAUUUUUGUAACUUCUGUUUUUCCCUCAGCUGGAGCUCACGGAACCAAACUAUUUGGUGAAAAGAGAGCGACGGAUACGAGAUGACAGAGCACGCGAGGUAGAACUUGUUGGUGAGCUCUGAGACAGAGGAGCUUGGUCUUUAAGUGCUCGUUCCUGCUUUAAUUUUCAGUUUUUAAGUCGCUGUCAAGAAGCUACAAAGGGAAAGUCGACGGAGCUGUAAAGCCUUUGGUAUCAGUCUUUUCUUGGUCUCAUGCUUUCUGCCAAAUAUGUUUUUCUGUCGCACCCUUUGCUCACAGUAUGUCCAAACAUGAGUUUCUCAUACAUACAGGGGUACAGUGUAAACUCGGCAAUAAAUUGUCCGUCAGUGUCAGACAUGGGAAUGUGUCUCUCUAAUGGAAAUCUAUAGCCACAGAUGUAUUAAGGCCAUAAGUAUAACAAGCAGUUUGCUCAUACACUGUAUGAAUCUGUAACAAAUGGCAAUUUUCCUUUUUUUUUUCAGGUAUUGCAACAAGCUUUCUGCGUAUUUAACCACAUUUCUACACACAACUCUGCCUCCAUCUUCACUUUCACCACUUUUCUCCCUCUGUGCAACUGAAUAAUAAGCUGCUAAUUGUUUUUUCAAGAUGACGGGGAACUGCCAUGUGCUAUUUUCAUUUGCUUGGAAAAAAACUGUCUCUGGUUGAUCAAGCUGUGAAUAUUGAAGAGUCUGUCUAUAUCUUGUGUCAGAUGUUGUUCAUUUAAUUUUUCUAAGACACAAAAUGGACCUAGGCAACAGGAGCCUUAGAGGCCCGGGGGUUCAACCGGGGCUUUCUCAGUUUCCCAGUGAGGUCGUGCUGGGCGGAUCCCUCCUCGGCACGGGUGUAUUUCCCUCAUUGAGAACAUGAGGAACACACGUUUUUGUUUUUUUCUCGUAACUUCUGAGGAACACAAGAACAUGAGGGGGCGAAAAUCUGUGUGGACCUUAAAUGAUUUGUGAUGAGAGAGGAAAAAAAAAAAGAUUUAAAAAAACGGGAGCAUGGCAAAACAGGGAUCGUGCAGAGAGAAUCUUGCCUCUUAAUUAAGUGACGUGACUGUCCGUGGACGUGAGGAUUUCCAAGACCAAGACAAUCACUUCUGAAGGAGUAAGGGGACGGCAGCACAAUGCAGACGGACCGACGGACAUCUUGUUGCACCUCUGGAGCAUGUGUGCCUCCCUUGGAUCCACGGAUAAGAUGGUGUUUGUAUCAGUGAUGUGAACUGUACCAUUAGACAAUGGAGACGAGGACUUCUUGCAGUGCUGAUAUUUAAUCAUUUACUGUAUUACUAUGACAAAAACAAUAUCAGUGACAUCAAUGAUGAUAACAGGGUUCUCUGCUCCUCCCGCUGUCGGCGGGGGGAGUCUUUCAAUUUUUUGAUUUCCUGGUGAUCUGUUUAUUUACGUAUUUUUUUUUCACUGUUAUAUUUUUAGAACAUUUGCUUUGUUGAUGCACAAAUUCCUCACCUCCCUCUUUCUUCUUUCGACUGUAUGCCUCAUUGUCCUCUUUCUUUGCCAUACUUCAGUCGUUCCGUAAGUUAUCAUCGGAGAACAACAGUACAAAAAUGUUUAUAAAGAUAUUAAAAUCUAUAUCUUCUUAUGUCUAC